AUGGAGGUGAUGGAGGAGAACUUCCUGGGCUUCGGCAAGUCCACCUUCUGUGGCGAUGCCACGGUGCCCGUGGACAUGCUGCUCAGUGGUGCCAGGACCGUCUCCGUGGGCUUUAUGCAGACGCAGCCACAGCCCAUUCCACUCUACAAGCGCGGGGAAAACACCGGGCGGAUCGUCGUGCAAAUUCUCAUCCACUUGCCCGAGAAUGAUGAGCAGGUUGCUGACCUCACGUAUGUGGACACCGAGAAGUUUGUGACUCCGGUGCAGAGACUCGGAGUGUCUGGUGGUACUGCGCCGUUCUUCAGCCUUCAGCUUACAAAGCCAGAGGGCAAGAGAUUCGGUGAUUACUGGAUUGGCAAGGAUUUGAGUCGGGCGACCGACGAAGUGCAGUUUUAUGAGAAGGUCAAGAGCUUGAGCAAGCAUUCGAGUCGCGAGGUGCAAGCGUUGUACAACUUCAUGUUCGAGUACGAUGGCAUUCUAAAAACAACCGAGAAAGAUGUGGAGGAUCCGGGUCCUUUGGAGCUUCUGGUCUUACAAAACAUGCGACAUGGCCGAAAGUCUUUGAGGCUUUUGGACAUCAAGGUGGGAGAGAAGACGGCAGCUGCAAACUGGAAAGGCAAGUCACGCCUGGCAGCGCUGCGACAAGCCUUGAUUGAUGAGCACACCAACUCCCAGGCCGAAGGCUUCCGCCUGGAGGGCUUUGAUGGCCAGACGCCGGUGCUGUUGUCCAUGGAUCCUCUACUGGAUAUCGGUGGCGAGGAGGGCCACAGCAAAUCCACGCAGAAAAAGGCACGGCGCUUGAUGCUCCAAAGACUUCCAGCUGCUGACAUGCUGACGCAUUUCUUAGACUUGCAUAGCUAUGAUCCACAGAAGCAUCCCUCGAGCGAGCUGGCAGAGGUGGUCUUAGAUGAGAUCUUUGGAUUGAUUUCAGCACAUCAAGACGGUGAAGGCUUUUCGCCCGAGCAGGAAGCUGACCUCCGGAAGAGUGUUUUGGUCAAGAUCUUCGAUUGGGGCAGGUCGGAGCUCAAUACGCUGGAGGAGCACUCGACACGCAGUGCAGAGGAGCAGCAGGACCGCCUGGACUUUUGGCGCCUUUAUGUGGGAGGAAUCCAGAGGCUGGCAUGGGAGGCAGCGCGAGCCUACCGCCACCGCUUCGGCAACUCCGACAGCUGGGCGAAAGUGCAACUGGUGGUCUAUGACUUUGACUCCAUGACUGACAGCGAUUUCAUGGGUCAGGUCUUUGUGGAUUUAGCAGAGACUCCAGAGACCACGGCCCCGCUGCUCACGGCAGAUGGUGCCCCGGUCGUCGGCAAGGAGGGAGAAGCUACCAUCACCUACUCCAUUUCUUGGAGAAGGUUUCACGCCGCAAGUCGCUUGCAAGGGGCUUGGAGCGUGCGGAUCAUUCGCGCAGAGAAGUUGCCAGUGUGUGACACCUCGGUGUGGCCUUUGAGUGGCUCCUCCGACCCCUUCGUCAAAGUCUUCGCCUUUAGCACCGAGGAGAGCUACCGCUGUGUGCAGCGUAGCUUCGAGGUCUGGGAGGAGACUUUUGACCUGCCCAUUGGAAAGCCUGAGCACGCCAACUUAGAGGCAAUCGUGGGCUCCCCGAAGGCCGAGGAUUUCCCCAUUGAGUCUCGGAUAGCAGAAGCAGAGGGCCUGAAAUACUGGACCGAGCUGAUGCACACGAUUUGCUGCUUGCCAUCAUGGGGGGGAACGCUCUGA